AUGACUGAUGGAGUUUACGAUAGCUUGCUUUACAAUUGGGAUCGCUUGCAGAGGGCUGCUAAGACGUUGCAUCCUGGCUUGGAGGGCGAAGUGAUCAACAUUGUGGCAUGUCCUUUCGAUACACCCAUUUACCAGGGAAGCAAAAUCUUGGUUAGAGCCUAUGUGGCCUCCUCCGUGGGAGAUGUGCCACAGCCGGACACAGCCCAGAAGGUCGUCUUGGUUCUGAGGAGCUCGGACUGGCUGGCAGUCGACCCACAGGCAGGCCCACUUCAUGUUCUUGCUGCUUCUGUAAGUGUGCAGUCGCAACAAUACCUGUUGGAUUGUACGGGAAUUUCUUCGGUGGUUGUUACAUGCUGUAACGUGUUGAACGACACUUGCGUGCACAUGGCGGAGAUUUUCUCAGGCGGUUUUUCAGGAUGGAGCCAGGCAGCCUAUAUAUUGCAUACUGCAGGGAUUCCAGUCCAGACCUCGUGGACGCUGGAUGUGGAUGGUGCCUGCUCCGACAUGUUGUGCCACCAGCAUGCAUCUUGGGCUGAGGCUUCGGAUUUGGAGAGCUUGCUUCUUGCUGGGGCGGAUGGUGUGCUUCAUCUCUGUGCGGAUGUUCAAAGAAACUGGUGGUUAAGGGUCUUUCGGCAACGCCCUGUGCACAUUGUUUGCAUCUCUGCGCCGUGCCAGCCUUGGUCUUCGGCAGGCAGCGAGCAGGGUUUGAGUUCAGAAGAUGGGCUCUUAUUGCUCCGUGCGGCUGACAUUGUUGGGCUCUUCCAGAUACCAUUGGUUUUGCUGGAACAGGUUGCUCAUUUUACCAAUCACCCGCACUUUGCUACAGUGAUGCAUGCAUGGUCUUUGGCGGGCUAUGUGAUACAAUGGCAGGCUUCUUUGAACUUGCUUGAUGUGCUGCCCAGCCAGAGGCAACGCUUCCUGAUGGUGUUAUCUCAUCGCACCAAUGCAGGACACAAGCAGCUGCAGCCAGGGUCCUGGACGAUUGACAAAAGGAUUAAUCUAGGUCAGGCCAAGGUGUUGUUUGACCUGCCUCCCACCAUGCUUGAUGCUAACACACCGUCGCAGGACGUGCUUGACAUGUAUAUGGAUCCAUGGUACGUGCCCACACCUCGGCAUGCUCAUCACUCCCCGCCUUCCCCGCAGAAGUUCCGCAUAAAGACCGCUGCAGACACGGCAGGUGUAUUCGUGGCUCAGUACCAAUUUCAGCACGAGUUGCCCCCGGCGCAACUGCAGAAGGGCAUUCAUGGCUGCCUGCUCCGCAAGUCGGGUUUGCUUAGGUUCUUCUCUGGUCCAGAGAUUGCCGCAGUACACGGAGCUGCGGUUCCCAUUUUCCUGGCCGCGGACCAACGCGAGCAAAUGAAACUGCUGGGCAAUUGCAUCGCUGUCCCCCAUGCCAUGGUGCCCCUUGUCUGCGCCUGCUCCUUGCUGGGAGUCUCUGAUGUGCCAGAGCCUGCUGCUGCGGUUGCUCUUUGCCUGAGGGCCAGGUUGCACAAUGCGAACUCGUUGCUGAUGCCUUUUGGUCCUGAUUGGGUACUCUGCCAUCGCUCUCAGGUUGAUGCAGUACUGCAAACGCAGGGCCGUCUGAUGCCCCGGUCGGUGUGUGCACCGGCUCCUGAGGCCUUUGUCGAAGUCUUGAUUCGGAUGCCGGCUUAUGGUUUUAAGGUGUCCGCCCCGCCUGACUGCGCGGUCCUCCCUUUCUUCGACUUCCUUGGCUGCCCGGAAGUUGCCUCGUGCUUCACAGGUGCGAUGGCUGAAGGCCUGCAAUCCCUCACUGUACAUGUCCAGCAGCCGCUAGAGCUGAACUGUGGCGGCUUUGUUUCCACAGGAGGUACUAAGCAUGGCCUGGCGCUUAUCUUGUCUGACGCCAAGACUUUUGUGGUUGAGCUGCACACAGCAAGGGCCUGGUCGCAACUCUUCCGUGUCUUUCAGGAGGUUGCACCUGGAAGUAACAGCCUGGCCUUGUUUGCCACCACGGGACAACGACUGUUGACUACAGAGCAGUUCUCAGCGUGUAUGGUUGCCGUUGCUGAAGACGAGGAGGUGCCGAUCUUCCCUCUGCGCAUGUUGGUGCCGGUACUCCCAGGCCUCCAGGUUGCCAGGCGUGCAGACGAGUUACAGGUGCAGGUCGCGGCCGAAGUUGCUCUUGAUGCUUGGUUGGCGAUGCCUUUUCAUCUGGUGCAUGCUUUGGGUUGGUCCUCGGAAGAGGAGAACUUCCCCCCGCGGGGACCCACACCCUCGUGUUGUCAUCUGCGGCAGGCUCGCCACCCCUGUAUGCCUGCUGACUUGAUGCAUGAGCAGUGGCGAUUGUGGCUUCUCACUGCACAGCUUGAUGCCUUGGCUUCCUUGAGCCCAACAGAUUCGAUUGCUUCUGAAGUUCAGGUUGUGGCCAGGUGCAUCUGGACCGGGCGGCUCCCUGCGGCUACGACUCUGGCCGAGCUUUCUGAUUUCUGGGGUACUGCCAGCCGCGUCUGUGGCUUAGGGGCGGGCCAUCGUGUUUUCUCUGGCCCUCAUCCUCAUGUACCGGAGACCUCGCUCCAGGAGCUCCGCUCGAAUGCCAGUGCAUGUGUGGUUCGGCGUUCAGGCCACUUACUUCUCACGUACCACCCAGAGGUUCGUGGUGGCGGCGUUAAGGCUGAGAACCUUAGUUGGGCCCAGACCAGGGCAGCCUCCCUUUGUCUCUCCAAGGGCUUUGAUCUUGCCUGUACCACUGCGUUCGUGGAUCAGCUUUCGAAUGCUGUUGGGGCCCAGCGCCUCUCUUCCGUCCUGCAGGACUCAUCCCAAGCUGACCGAUGGCAGGCCCUUGUUGAGUUGGCUACCACUGCUGGAGUUGCGGUGCCACAGUCUAGCAAUCUCCCUGCCAAGGCCGCCAAUCGUGCUAUCAAGGCUGCCCAACGGCGCAAAACUCACGACAGGCGCACGGUCCAAGCAGACGAGGUCUGCCUUACCGCAGAUUUUUUUCUCAAUGAGGACGGCACCCCGGCCACUUUGCUUGAUGAAAUCCGCCCAGGUGUCUCAGGUGUGAAGUUGGUCGGCGAACCCGAAGCCCAGACGCUGAUCCAUACCUUGCGAGGGGUGCAGCCUGAUGAGUUGGGUUUGUUAGUGCUGGGCCACUCUUGCCCGUGCCCUGAUGACUGCAACGGUCAGCUCUGCUUCCCGGCCACUUCCAGGGCCAAUGGCUCCAGAUUGCUCCUUGCGGGCUGCUUGCACAACCUCGGUGGGAAGCGUGUCCGUACCAAGGACAAUGGCGACAUUACGGUUGCCCUGCCGGAUAUGAGCUGCUGCACCUUCGAAUGCUACGCUGAUGAAUUUGAGCCUGAGAUUUGGUCUGCCAUCACUCAGGCUCCUGUCCGAGCGGUGCUGGAUCGCUUCCGUAAAGGGGGCAUCGACAAGCCAUUCUCUGAUCCUUGGGGCCGUGCCUUUUCGCAAAAUGGCAGGCCAGCAAUUGCAUCGUUGGCAGAUAGGGUGUGCUUUCAAGCCCGGGUUCUGUCGGACUCCCUGGACCAGCUUCUCAUCGCCAGCGGCCACAAUCAUGUCUAUUGCACGCCGCGCAACAUGGACCGUACUGUUGUUCAGUCUUAUGCCAUUGUCUGGUUGGGCAACGCCCGUGGCGAUGCAGUAAGGGCUGCUUUGCAGACCCCUGAGCAAUUGGGGCUUGUCCGAGCUAAGACCCGCUUUGGUUUGCGUGUUCCCGCUGCUCGCUUCGCCGCCAUCUUCGCAAGCCUGCGGCCAGGCCAGAUGGUUCCCAAUAAAGUGGCCGUGAAUCAGCUCUACCGGGUGGGUCCGCUACCCCAAACUGCCAGUGCAGAGGCCAUUGUUGACUGGGCCACCAAGGCAGGCUGGCAGGUUCGUGUUAUUAAGGCACUUGGCGCUCGCCACUGGCUGUUGGGCGCUUCUGCAGCGCCGCCCUCAGUGUACCCAGCCUUCAACGGGCAGACCAUACUGGUCAAUGCUGUCAGCGCCAAGCCAACUUCCCCACCUGUGGUUCAGUCGGGCCACCUGGGACCACGGGCGGUAGCUGCCACACCGCGCAAUGACAACACCUUGAAACCAGAAGAUCCUUGGGUGCAUUUUGAUCCAUGGCGGGCUGCUGCCACUGCGAACUCCAACGGGGCUACCGCCUCUAGCAGACCCUCCUUUGGUUCGGUUGCCACAUCGGAAACUCCCUCUCGCUCCCUUGCCGGCCCUACGGAGCAGCGCUUUCAGGCCCAAGAGUCUCGUUUGCAUGCCCUGGAGGAAGGCCUUGAACAGUUACGCCUUCGGCAAGAGGCCAACCACACUGAGCUGGUGCAGUCGCAGGCUGAUGAUCGGGAGGCCGCUGCCAGGUUGUCGGUUGAGUCCCUGAAGGGCUCCCAGUUGCAGCAACAGCAGCAAACGCAAGCCAGCCUUGAGGAGCUGAAGUUCCCUGGGGUUGGGCACUUGGGCUUCUACAGGCCUUUCCCGCGCAGCGCAGUGGUAGACUUACCGCCGCGCCAACACUUUUUCCAGCUUGCCUGCCCGGCUUCGUUUGCUUCGGAGUUGGCCCCGUUCCUGCAACUGCCCCCCGCUCCCACCAGCCUUUGGCAGUUGACCAUGCGUUCUCUACUGGUUUCCGUUAUGGUGAAGCGCUUCAUCCGGGACCACCUUUUUCUGCAGUUGCUCCUGGUGUUGCUGGCCACUGUCCACGCCCACCUGCCUUCUCGUGCCCGGUUCUACCGGCACCGUUGCAUCCUGCAAACCGCAACCCUCCCCCCCGUGUGCAUCCCCGCCGUGCUGGCGGACGCCCCAAACCCCGUGCCACGCUGCCUCAGCUGUUUUGCCCAGUCGGGCCUGCUCCCCGUGCUGCAGCAGGCUCAACGCAUCGUGUCUAGCAGGUUACGCUCCACUGGUUUUUCUUGGGUGUGGGGCGCUGCUGUUCCCCCACAUCAUGCUGAGACCUGCCGCUCCGACUCCCUGCGCGGACAUGCCGCUGGUGUUGCCAUCGCCUCUCUGUUCCCUGUGCGGUUGCCUUUCCAGCCUCUCGAAUGCACAGGUGUGGCCGCCCACCGCUUGGUCUUGGGGCACGUGCGUUUUGGGCCGCUGCACGCCCGUUUGAUUGUAGUCUAUGGCUGGCCGGCCAACCACAGUGCGGCUAAGGCCAAAAAUGAGACUUUGUUUCAGGAGGUCCUCCAGUCGGUUGCCGGUUCUCCCUUGCCCACAAUUGUCGGCGGAGAUUUCAAUACGGAUGUCACCAAGCUCCCUUGUUGGCCGGAGUUCCAGCGUUUGGGUUAUGCAGAGCUUUCUUCCUUCUGUGCUAGCCGUUUUGGGCAGCAGCUGCCGCCUACUUGCCGCAACAGUACCAGGCAUGAUUCUGUGCUGCUCCCUCGGGUUUUUCAGCCCCUGCUCCAGAAGGCUUCAGUGGACGUGGAAUGCCACCUCUUUGACUCCCACGCUCCCGUGUUGCUUGAGUUCUGUUUGCCCCAGCACAACCCGUGCAAACAGGUGUGGCGCAAGCCUACCAGUUGGAUGGAAUUUGAGCCCGAUGCCGACUUGGCGCAGCGGUGCUACAUUCAAAGUCGGGCUGGAGUGCAGCAAAGCUUGGAUACCUGUGCUUCUCGGGAGGACCUUGAUGCUGCUUUUGCCCAGUGGGCUUCUGUUCUCGAAACUUCGGUGGACUUUGCUGUUCAGCAGGCUCACUGUGAGGAUCCCCUCCGGUGCCCAGUGGCCCGCCUUCCGCGCCGUGCCAAAGGCAGAUGUGUUUACAGGGAUGUCAAAGCACAGGCUCUACCAGUCACUGCACCGAACGCUCGCUGUGGCGACUACUCCCCGCCUGAUGAGGCCCUCUCCCACAGGUCGCGGCACAAGGUUAAGCAGGAAUGGGCGGCUAUACAGGCUGCCAGAGGCUAUCCGCCUUGCUUUGGUCAGUGGCUGUUGCAGGUUGCGCAUUUCGUGGAGGCCUACGAUACUUGCCCUGCUGCAGCUUCGUCUGAGGGACUUCCCGCUGCCCAGUGCUUGUUUGAGUACUUGCCGCCGGACGACUGGCUGCGGGAUGUCUCUGAUUUUGUCCGGUAUGAGUGUGACGCCGUUAUCCGCCAGGAGCAACAUCAACGGCGGUUGCUCCAUUCUUAUCAGGCCGCCCAAGAUGCUUCCACGGGCCUUCGGCAGGGCUAUCGCUCCAUCCGCCCCUCAGAGAAUCCUCCGUUUACCUCCGUGCCGGUUGAGGAGUGCCAACAUGCCACACUUGACUGUUGUGCCAAGGACGGUUGGGGCCUUUACCGGGUUCCCGCGCCCGAGUUCUUUUGUGCCGGCUGCCCUGCUGUCGCUGAUGACCAAGCAGUCCAGGUAGGUGCGUGUCAACAGGACGAUAUCUUUGGGCCGCGCUUGUGGCUGCAUUUCGCUCAACAACCACUGCCAAUGAGCUGUAAGCUUUGCCAGGCCACCGAGGCGGUUACUGCACGUGAAUUGCACAGGUGCUUCACUAACUUUUGGCACCCACUGUGGAAUCGGGACCAAGGUCCUGCUGCCACUGACCUAGAUUGCUGGACUUCAUUUAUUACCUCCCUGCCGGCGCCACCGCCGGAGUGCAACAGUCUACAGCUACAGCUCGAUGAUCCCGCCUUCUGGCAACAACACCUGCGCAACCUCAAGCCUCGGUCGGCCACAGGGUACUGCGGCUUCUCUAAUCAAGAGUUACGUUGGCUGCCGUCGGCCCCCCUGGAGGAUCUGGUCCGGCUUUUCACGCUGUGCUCAGUUCAUGGCUGGCCCAAGCAUCUUGCUCGCGCCACGGUCAGCACUCUUGCCAAGGUUUCGCAGCCACUUGGAAUGCAGCAUGGCCGCCCUAUCACCGUCUUUGCCAACCUUUACCGUUUGUGGGCCUCUGGUGUGGCCAAAGCUGUGCUCGAGCAUUGGUCCAGCUGGCUCCCCAGAGGAGUUAUGGGCAGUGUCCCAGGCCGGUCUGUUCGAGAUCUGUCGCUUGCACUGGAGUGCCAGAUCGAACUGCACCUCCUUGCAUCCACACCCUUUGCAGGUUUUUCCAUUGAUGUGGUGAAAUGCUUCAAUCAGUUGCCCAGAGUGCCGCUGAGGUUUCUUCUCGCACAUUUGGGCUUCCCGGAACCAGUGUUGCACGCCUGGUUUGAUUGGCUGGACUGUUGCCAUCGCCUCCCGGUGUUUCAUGGCUCCAUUGGCCCGCCCGUCCUUUCCUGUACGGGAAUGCCUGAGGGCUGCCCUCUUUCUGUCGUGGCCCAGGUUGCUGUCUGUUGGGCGGCCCAGGUGCAGCACAUGAGCUUUGGCGCUGAACAAUCCUCCUAUGUGGACAAUUUCACAUGGACUGGCACCACUGUUGAGUCUCUAACGAAGGCGCUGAUCACAGCGCAGGGCUUUUGCUCUUCUCUGGCUUUGCCCAUCGACUGGACUAAGUCUUUUGCGUGGUCCACGGAUAGAAAGUUACGCCAGUGGCUGGCCGGCCCCGCCCAGCAACUGCUGCCUCCUGACUCGCAGCUUGCAGUUGUGCAGAGUGCCAAGGAUUUGGGCGUGGCUUUCAAGUUUCGCCGCCUCAACAGUCUGGAUGCAGCAGCCAAACGCCUGGCUGAAGGCCACCGCCGACUUACUGAGCUGCAAAGGCCUGGUGUGGCUUUGCUACACAAAGCUCGGAUCAUCCAGACCAGCAUCUGGCCGGCCACGUUCUACGGUUUUGAGGCCCGCCUCUUGAGCUCUGAUAGAGUUUGCAAGCUCCGUACCGGUGCCUGUCGUGCAUUGAUUGGCCCUCGCCCCAGUGCGAGCCCUCUCUUGACACUUUCUGUUCUGACCCCCCAGAUCACAGACCCGGAGGUCUAUCUGUUGUGCCAGGCUUUGUUGGCCCUCCAGCGAAUGAUGUUCUGCCGCCCAGAGCUUGCGCACCAAUGGUUGGCCGUGACAACAGCAGCUCUGGUGUCCCCUCAACGUCCCAUCGGCCCAGCCACUGCCUUGGCGGGGCUGCUCCGACGGAAUGAUUGGAGUCUUGAUGUGGACGGCACUGCUAAAGGGCCUGGUAAUACGUGCUUCAACUUGUUGACUGAUCCGCCGCGAAUGAUUCGGGCUGCACUGCGCACAGCUUGGCUUGAUUUGGUCCCUGCUAAGGUUCGCGACCGCAACGGUCUUCAGCGGGUCCAAUGCCCAGCACCCGAUAUUUGCCACCGGAUUUUGGCCCGGUUCCCUGAUGGACUGCAAGUUCACCUUGCACAGAGUGCUGUUGGCGGGUUUAUGUCAAAUGCGGCAAGGGCUACCUGGGAUCCCCUUCAAUGCCCGCAGUGUGAUCUUUGUGGAAUGCUUGAUAGCAAGCAUCACCGCCUCCUUGAGUGCCCGAUUGCUGCGCCGCUCCGGCGAAUGUACCAGCCGCUGCUCGACUGGGUGCUGGCUGAACAACCACAUUGGCUGCACUGCCCAUUCCCCACGGCACAUGAGGAUGAAGGAUUCCUGCGCUUGUUUUGGCGGUCACGUCGCAUGAUUGCGCCGAAUCCCCAAGCGCAUCUGAGGACCUUUUUGCCAGCCGAGGUCCAUCUCUUCACUGAUGGCUCCUGUCAGCGUCCGGAGGUGCCGGCUGCACGUCAUGCAGCUUGGGCAGUCAUCAUGUAUGCAGGCCACGAUCCACCUGACCUUGCAGCUGACAUACCUUUUUGGAAGCAGCAUGGCCUCCCGCCGCCUUAUUGGCAUGUGGUCGCUCAGGGGUGUGUUCCUGGACGGCAGGAUAUCAAUCGUGCAGAAUGCUGUGCGUUGUUCCAAGCUCUCCAGGUUGCGGCCGAGUUGGAGAUAUUGGCGCCGGUCUUGUGGUCGGACUCGCAGAAUGCUCUCCGCGCAGUGGCGGCUGCGUCCAAGGGUGCGGCAAUGCCACGUGAUCUGUCUUUCUGUGCUGACCUGGUCCCGGACAAUCUUGAUGUUUUGGUGCGGGGUGCUACGUUCCACAAAGUGAAAGCCCAUCAGCAGCUUCCAACUUGCUUGCAGGAUGGGCAAUCAUGGUCGCUGGUGGCUCAGCUUGGCGAUGCCAUUGCGGAUGAGGCUGCCAAAACAGCUUUGCGUAACGACCUUGCUAUUGCCGACGAGACGUGUGCCCGUGUGGCCCAUUGGAGGGUCCAGCAGGCCGACUACUUUUACCUCUUCUGCCAGUAUCUGGUUCAGCUCACGCUGCUUGUGGUCCCAGCUCGUCGGGAGGACCGCUCCAAGACCGCACAAGCCCUCAGUGCGGCGACUGCCAUGGAUCCUGCCUGCUCCUGGCUUGGUUUGCAGCCCUCGCUUGAGUUUGCCACUGUUCAAGUUCUUUUUCCUGAAGGUUGGGAACAGCGCCACAGCGAGUGGCCUCAGUGGUAUACGUCAGCAUUGUUUAUAUGGCUUCAGCAACUGAGAUGGCCAACCUGCCUGCCGCCUGACCGAACCUACGCAGGGACCACGUUCUUCGAGCUGCUGAUUAAUUUUGUCAUCACGACAGGGUUUUUGCCACCGGUUCGCAGCCAGACCUGCGGUCAAUGGUCCUGGACUAAUCUGUUGGAGGCCACGGGGGUUAUGCUGCCGGUGGUCGUGAGGGAGAUGAUUGUGCAACUGAUUUCCAGUAUUGACAGGAUCCGCAAAAUGGAUGGCAUUGAGGUCUGGCCUAGCCCGCGUCAUCACAAGAUCCGAAGUUUGCAAUUGUGUGAUCAAGGGUCACCGCGGAAGGGUUUACUGUACAGACCAUGGCUACCAUCGGUACAGUUCACCUCGACGGCGCUGCAAAGUGUGCUGAGUUCCGAUUGCCCUGGCGAAUGCCUGAGGGAGAUUGCGUGGCGAGUUCUUGGCAAGGGCUGA